AUGAAUAAGAAAUAUUACAGUCUGCUGCUGCUAUUUUGCAAUGCGACCACAGCUGUUCUAGGCCAUAUCCUGGAGGAUUUCCAAUCACCGUCAGCCGACUACCGACCCAAGUUUCGUUAUUGGUUGCCCGAUGCGGAGGUUGAUAUUGAAUCAGUGGUGAAAGAUGUCGGGGAGAUCGCAGCCGUUGGCAGCGGAGGCCUUGAAUUUCUCCCGUAUUAUCAGUUUCGAUCACCCUCUGCCAAUUGGUCUGAGUAUGGCUACGGCUCUGCUGCCUCUAGUGCUGUGUUGAGGGCCACCAUGAAGGCUGCCGAUGAGCAUGGAAUUCUACUGGAUUUCGCCAUUGGCGCAAACCAAGGCCAAGGUGUUCCUGCAGAUCCGGAAAGCGUAGGCCUGGCUCUAGAACUGGCGUACAGUAAUGUAACGAUCGAACCCGGCCGAUCCUUCAAUGGUACACUGCCACUAUCGACACAACCUGGUGACCCGGCUCUUCUCUACUUCAUGCACCCCUUGGAAGAGUUCGGUAGACAGAAUCUGUCUGCGGUAUUGGCGACCGAGAUUAUUGAUGACGCCCUUUCUGUGGCUGGCGUUGUCACAAUUGGCCGAGUCAUUGACUUAUCAAAUGAGGUUGACUUGCAGACGAGAUCUUUAUCGUGGACCCCCCCGGAUGAACAAAAUCCGUGGCGCCUAAUCGCGUGGUACGAACGGUACACCAACCAACGAUCCAUUGAUGCGGCGCCCGAUGCCGUAGACUUCAUCCAGAACGGGUCAUGGGUUAUUGACCACUUCAGUGCCGCGGGGGCGGAAAAGCUUACAAAGUUCUUUGACGACUACCUGAUACCUGAAGACCAAGACAAAGCUUUGCUGUCACGAGUUGGCAAGUACGCUUGGGAAGACAGUAUGGAAAUGCAAUCAGCGCUCUGGUGGACACAUGGGUUUGCUGAGAAGUUUUCUAAUGAUCACGGAUACGAUAUUCGUCAGUGUUUACCGUUCCUGAUUCGCAGAGAUACGUUCUGGGCAGCCAGUACCUUGCCUUACGGAGAGUCCUUUGUGUCCAAGAACGUGACGUAUGCUGAGCGCUGCAACGACGACUACCGUAUCACUCUACAAAGCGGUUACGAAGAAUAUAUAAGAGCCAACGCUGAAUGGGCUCGCUCGAAGGGUCUUGAGUACUCCAACCAACCAGCAUACAAUCUGCCGCUCAAUAUGCUUGAUUCCAUCAGAUUGGUCGAUGGCCCCGAGGGGGAGUCAUUAGGAUUCAAUGACAACCCUGAUUUGUAUCGGCACUUAGCAGGUCCCGCUCAUAUGGCUGGAAACCCUGUUGUCUCAUCGGAAUGCGGAGCUAUCCAAGGGGCAGGAUACACACAAACCAUCCAGGACCUACUCUGGCAUGUGCGUCGUGGUAUGGCAACCGGUAUUACGAUGAACGUCUUUCAUGGCUAUUCAUACUCAGGGACAUUCUUCAACACAACCUGGCCUGGUUACACAGUCUUCGCCUAUACCUUUACUGAUAUGUGGGGACCAAGGCAGCCUUCUUGGAUGCAUCUGAACGAUACCAUUGCCUACAUCUCUAGAAACCAGUUCAUCAGCCAAACAGGCACACCAAAAGUGGACAUUGCGUUCUACCAAUAUGCAGCACCAUUUAGAAAAGCGGUCUACGAAAGCAACAACCUUGAACGCCUAGGCUUCACAUACGACUACCUCGGCCCUCGAAGCAUUUCUGAGGAUGCUGCUGUGGUGAAGGGUGGCUUGUUAGCUCUUGAUGGACCCGCUUAUAAAGCCCUUGUUUUCGCCAACCAAACCAAAAUGACACUCGAUGUGGCUAAGAAAGUCCAAGUAUUCGCUAAGGCUGGUUUGCCGAUUUUCAUCAUUGGGCCGACAGACUUCCACAGCGCUGGCAUGAAUGCUGAAGAAUCGGCUCUCGUCUCAAACAUCAUGAACAACGUUCUUGCUGUUGAAGGCAGUGUAGUUGUUCUUUCUUCGGCAGAAGAACUUCCGGCAGCGCUCGCCACCAGGCAAAUCAAUCCGAGAACCGCUCUCACCCACCAAAACGCUGGUUCAAGAUGGUAUUCGUUCUGGCGGAGCUCGUCGGAGGCUGAAAUAGUCUUUCUGUACAACGACGGCACUGUUACAGAAACUUUCGAGGCUGAGUUUGAGAAUGUUGCUGGAAUGGUGCCCUUCAUUCUCGACGCUUGGACUGGCACCACAUCACCUCUCCUACAAUACACCAACGCCAACGACAAGAUUGUGGCCCCAAUCACACUGGCACCAAAUCAGACCACUAUUAUCGCUUUUGCCAAGUAUGGCGCUCUUCAAUCAUCAAGAGGCAUUUUCCCCCGCCCAUUGUGCACUGUGGUUUCAGCCAUUUCUGGUCAUGUCACCGGCUUAGUUUACUCAGAGAGAGUUGGCAACGGGAGCAAAAUCCUUGCUUACCUUUCUCAAGGUCAAUCAACAGUAACGCUAUCAAACGGCAAAGUCCGCGAUUUCGAAGCAUCUCCCCCUGACGCGCUGCCCCUUGAAUCCUGGGACAUCACUGUCAAUGACUGGCAAAGUGAUGCUGAUAGGUACAGCAUGAAAACCGUAAUUACUCAACACAGCUUUAAAAACAGCUCUUUGAUUCCUUGGAAGGAUUUGGACCCGAUAAACCUGAGAGACACAAGCGGAACAGCGGAUUAUCGAACUACAUUCAGCACGCCAUUAACAGUUGCAGACCAAAAGUUGGGGGCUCGUCUGCAUUUAGGUCCUAUUGUGGACUCCCCUCGUCUCUGGGUCAACGGCGCUAGACUUUCCAUUGAUCUGACAAGCGCGGACGAUAUUGUGGUUGAUAUUACAAACCAUUUGGCUCCUAGUAUGCGCAAUGAGAUACGCAUUGAGGUAGCCUCUACAUUAUACAACCGGGUUCGAGCUGAGCAGGAUUCCAUUUGGACGUUUGGAUCUGCUGCAUCGGUAGCAGGUGCAUCAUACUACGAUGCAAACCCGUCGAAGCCUCAUGGGCUUGUUGGGCCUGCUUUCGUGGAAUGGGUUGAGGUUGUUGGCAUAGCGUAG